GUGGUGUAAGGACAGUCAGCCUCGGCUCAGAGUACAGACCAGCACAGCAGCAUCUACAACUAUCUGUUAACUGUGUUACACUGCCCGCUGGACGCUUUCCACUCCAGAUACCAGGACAAGUCUUGUCCCAUAAACACAGAGAGACAGUGUCAAUCUGCUCCGAAGAUUUCACUCUCCCGAGUGGACUCCAGUCCAGUCAGGUUUGGUCAGAUCUGGACUUUGUCAUCCACUAAGGCCUUGCUCCUGUCCCGGCUGAGUCCGUUGACGUUUUCAGCUGAGGCCACUCCAGCCUUUCAAGCUGGACGGAGGAGAGACGAGUGCGGCCGAGGGCAUGGCCUUCGUGCUGCGACACAGAACCGCAAAUAUCUUAGAACACAACACAGGUAGCACGCCUACAGGUCCCAUGAGUCCCCGGGAGAAAGGAGACGCACCCAUCUCAGGUUCUUCAAACAGUCACCUCAGUGCCACAGAGCACCCCUCACACCAUGGGAGUGUCACAGAGAGCGAUGAUGAUAGAAGAAAAAGUGAAGAGGAUGAUAGAGGCAAAGGAGUGGAACAGAAGGAGCAGGAGGAAGACGACAGGAGCAGUGAUGAGGGUUUCAUGGGAAUGACUCCGCUGCUGCAGGCUCACCACGCCAUGGAGAGGAUGGAGGAGUUCGUACACAAGGUGUGGGAGGGCCGGUGGCGCGUCAUCCCACAUGACGUGCUCCCUGAUUGGCUGAAAGACAAUGACUUCCUGCUUCACGGCCACAGGCCACCCAUGCCUUCGUUCCGCGCCUGCUUCAAGAGCAUCUUUAGAAUCCACACAGAGACGGGAAACAUCUGGACACACCUGUUAGGCUGUCUGUUUUUCCUCUGCCUGGGUCUGAUGUACAUGUUCAGGCCCAACAUGUCGUUCGUAGCUCCGGUCCAGGAGAAGGUGGUGAUUGGGAUGUUUUUCCUGGGAGCCAUCCUCUGCCUGUCCUUCUCCUGGCUCUUCCACACUGUCUACUGCCACUCUGAGGGCGUCUCCAGAGUUUUCUCCAAGUUGGACUACAGUGGGAUCGCCUUCCUGAUCAUGGGCUCCUUCGUGCCGUGGCUCUACUACUCCUUCUACUGCUCUCCUCAGCCCUGCUUCAUCUACCUGAUCGUGGUGUGCAUUCUGGGAUUGGCGGCCAUCACCGUCUCCCAGUGCGACUUCUUCGCCACGCCGCAGUACAGAGGAGUCAGAGCAGGUGUGUUUGUGGGUCUGGGUUUGAGCGGCGUCGUUCCCACUCUGCACUUCGUCAUCAGCGAGGGUCUCAUCAAGGCCACCGCCAUCGGUCAGAUCGGCUGGCUGCUGCUCAUGGCCACCCUGUACAUCACCGGAGCCUGUCUUUACGCCGCUCGCAUCCCAGAGAGGUUCUUCCCCGGAAAAUGUGACAUCUGGUUCCACUCCCACCAGCUGUUCCACAUCCUGGUGGUGGCGGGCGCCUUCGUCCACUUCCACGGCGUCUCCAACCUGCAGGAGUUCCGAUACACGGCCGGAGCGGGAUGUGCAGAGGAUGGCACUCUGUAACGCAAACACACACUCGUUCAGUUGCACAUUUUACGCACCGGGUCUAAACUUGCACAGACGACAGGAACACACACCACCCCCCAAACCGAAGAACGAAGCGGCUCGUGUGUCGGUGUGUGUGUGUGUGUAUUAACACGGGGUUAAAACAGGACGACGAGGGACCAAGUGUCUUUAUGUCCCUCUGUUUGUCCAUCCCCUCUUCCUCUGUGGUUCUGAUGCUUUGAUAAUUAGAAAGGAAAAAAAAAAAAAAAAAAAAUCAACAUCCGGUGUGGCGUUCGCUGACGCUGCUGUCUGGGGACGGGGCGAGGGUGUAGUUAAAUCUUUUCAGUUGAAUUUGGUUUGAUGAGGAAUCAUAACCGUGGCUUUAAAAAAAGGCACAUCGGAGUGUGUUUUUGCUGAAUGUCACACUUUUACAGCGAACAAAUUAACAAAAGAAGACCUGCUUUAAAGAAGUGCAACAGAAGUGUCUGAUUUCUUCCAUGAUUGUGAAGGCUGCGUUAAUAGUCACUUUUAAAAGUAAAAAAAAAAAAAAAAAAAAAGAAUGAUAAAAACUUUUUCCAUGUAAAUAAGAUUUCUAAAUUUUGGGUUAUAGAUUUGUAUGAAAAAAAAAAAAAUAUAUAUAUAUAUAUAUAUUAAAAAAUACAAAAAAGAUGUUAUAUGACGGAUACUGAAUACUUCAACCUGUUAGUUGAUGAAUCCGAGGGGUGUGUGUUGGCGGUGAAGUCCUCCCUGAGGUCGGAGGGAGGCGACGUGAACCACUUCAUCCACAAAAGGAACGAAAAGGCACAACAUGUGAAUCCUACAGCGCAGAGACGUGACUCACUGUUGUACGUCUCUGCAGAAAAUGUCAAAACCUUCCAGAGAUAGAACACACCUCUGAUUCUGUUGGGGUUUUUUUUGUUUUUGUUUUUUUUUUAACUUUUCCAUCAUGUUUGCGGCCUCGUGUUUGUCAGGUUUCACAGAGUUUAACCUUGAGAUCAUUAAAGUACACACCGUUCUGCUGUUUCCCCUCUUCAAUAUUUGAUUAUUUUUGUAUUUUGUCUUAAUACAGAUACAUCAAACACAUGCGCAAAUGUUCUAUCUGCAUUGACCGGCUCUGAAAUUCAACCCAGAUGUAAGGUUUUAUUUCAGAUUCGUCUAUUGUUGUGGAGAAUCUGCAGUAUUAAGACGGUGCAGAACCAGUUCUUUUCCUCUGUGACACUUGAUAAAUUCAGCUCCGCACUGAACAAUAAUCACACGUAUAACAGGCUUUUCUUUUUUUUAUUGGUAUGGCUUGUACUUUAAUUUAUCCACUGCUGUUUUGGUAUUAUGAUUAUUAUUGUUGUUAUUAUUAUUAUCAGAAGCUUUAAUUUCAGCUCUUCCUUUCUCGUUUUAUUUUGGUUCGUCCGUUUCUCUUAAAGCAAAAACAAAAACCAAACACAGUCUUCAGAGAAACUCCAACAAUUUUCUCACAAAGUCGACGACUUCGAGGGCACAUGAACAUCUGAACAUCGGAGACCAGGACGAUGUUAACUUAAAAACACAUUGCAAUACCAAAACUUUGCACCUGCACAAGAGGAAGACUUUUACUCUGAUAAAAUGUAUUUCUAGGUUGGAAAUGACUUUGGUUUGUGAGUUCCUGUUUGACAAACAAAUUGAGUUAUUAUUCGAGUGAUCAGUGUCUCUACUUUACAUCACACUUUGCUUUGAAGAAAAAAAAAGACUCUGAUCUGUGUUUUUCUUUUCUUUUUUUCACUUCCUGUUUUUAUUUUUUCUAGUUUAUAUUAAUUUAUUUUUUCUCGGAGCGCAGUUGUCUGCUGAAGCACACGUUCAGUUCUGAUGGAAGUGAUUGAUUGCAAUAGACCUUUAUACCUGCUGUAUUGUUCUAAUAAAAAGGGUUUUUUGGAAA